GCAGCAGCGGCCGCGGCGGGACCUCCUUCAUCCCGUUGCUCUGCCUCUCCCCGCUCCUCUCUCGGUUCCCGGCGAGGGCCGGCGCACUUCCCCUGACGGCGGCCCGCUCCUACGGUCCCGAAGAGCUGGGAAGGCGGAAGUAAAGGCAUGACUUCCCGGCGCCUCAGGGAAAAUAGGGUGCAAGCCCAGAAACUGUUUCCCCACCACCACCUGUUGAAAAACUGAUUCGAAGGCGUCUCCGGGUCUGAACAAACGGAAAGUUGCUAGGAUUGGAUGCGUCUGUAGUUUUGCACCGGAAAACCUUCACUAUUUAAUAUCAAGGAAAAAAAUUGGAAAUUAAACUGAAGAACUUCAUUCAGAGUCAAAAUGGAACGAUUCGUUGUGACAGCACCACCUGCUCGGAAUCGUUCUAAAACUGCUUUGUAUGUGACCCCUCUGGAUCGAGUCACGGAGUUUGGUGGUGAGCUUCAUGAAGAUGGAGGAAAACUCUUCUGCACUUCUUGCAAUGUGGUGCUGAAUCAUGUUCGCAAGUCUGCUAUCAGUGACCACCUUAAGUCAAAGACUCACACAAAGAGGAAGGCAGAGUUUGAAGAGCAGAAUGUGAGAAAGAAGCAGAGGCCCCUGACCGCAUCCCUUCAGUGCAACAGUACUGCGCAGACAGAGAAAGGCAGUGUUAUCCAGGACUUUGUGAAAAUGUGCCUGGAAGCCAACAUCCCCCUGGAGAAGGCUGAUCAUCCCGCAGUCCGAGCGUUCCUGUCUCGACAUGUGAAGAAUGGAGGAUCCAUACCUAAGUCAGACCAGCUGAGGAGAGCAUAUCUGCCUGAUGGAUAUGAGAAUGAAAAUCAGCUCCUCAACUCACAAGAUUGUUGACAAGGCAGUUAUGACCAUUGUGAUCAAGAUAAAUAAUGUGGAGUAUUAAAGUUAAUGUGUUGAUUGUGUGGUUCAUUUUUAUAUUUAUUUCAUUUAAAAUCAUGUGAUACAGAAUAGUUUUGCAAUGUGUAUAUAGUUGCAGGUAAAAGAAAAAAACCUCACUGCAAAACUUAUUGCUAAUUUUAGUCACCGAUGCUGUAAAGCAAAACUUAGCUAUAGAGUGUUUUAGGCUAUCUGAAACCUGGUGGUUAUCUUGAAAACUGAUGGGUUUUCUCCAGAAGUGUUUGUGCAUGGAAGAACUUCCCUGCAGUGUAGCCUUGUUGCCAUGUAUGAUUAUUUCUUGUGAGGUUACUUAAUUACUUGGAUUGAGAACUAGCCUAGAAAAUUGAAGCUGCUACCAGGCUAUACCCUUCACAGGAACUGAAGUUCAAGGUCUUUUCAUAAGGCCUGAAAUGUUAGAGCUUGAGAGCUCCAGGAGAAAUGACUGUUCAAACUACAUUUUAUUUGUAUGUGAAAUAAUUGCCUAACCUUCACUUCCUCACAGUCUCUCCUUUUUAAAGACAUAUUUGGUAGCAGCUUCAAGUGACCAAAAGACUAAAAUCUCUCUUAAUAUCUUUGCCAAAAGCCAUGGGGGAUUUUGCAGUGAUGAGAUUUUAGUCUCAAACUAUGAACACAAAUUUUUGAACCAUAGUUUUCAUGUUAAAUACCAUCUUGGAUUUGCAAACUUUUUAUGUCUUGGUAUUGAAAGACUACAGAACUGAUCUUUUCAUUUAAAUACACUGUGGUUCAGUUUUCUCUUUUUACAGGGACUUAAUAGUUACUUUUUGGCUGACAACAAAUAAGAAAAUUGCUUUCUAUACAUUAAUUUUUCCAUAAGAUUUUAUAAGAGUUUAUUUAGGUAAAUAGACUAGAAAUGAGUUUUAAUUUCACUUUUACUGCUUUGCCUUUGGUGAUGCAGGUUUUAAAACUUGGAUGCUAAACAGUUGUCUAGAAAAUGAGGCAAGAAUUCUAUAGUAGAAAUAAAGCAGAAUGCUGCUUAGCUGUUUGAGUCAGGAAAUAAUCAGUUCUGUUAAAGGUCAACCAUGUUUAGGUUCUCUGAACCUCUUCUGUAAGCUUUUUAGAAGUAAAUUAGCUCGGAUAAGCCCUCGUCAUCAGAUCCGAAUUAUAUUUUUUAAAAGUUUAGUAACUGAAGACUUAGAUUAGAGCUUUAAUAUAAAAAAAUCAAAUAGUUGAAAACAUUGAAGUUAUAUUUCUAUUGUAAAUCAGUGGCAAGAUGUCCCGAUUGACUUGGAGUUAUCUUUGAGGUCAUUGUGCCACAAAUUUCCAUUAAACAAAAAGCCAAAGUUAAUUUAAAAAAAAUAUUAUCUGUGGGGUUUUGUUUUUGGUUUUUGAAACAGGGUGUUUCUUCAGAGCCCUGGAUGUCCUGGAACUCAUUCGAGGCUAGCCUCGAGCUCCACCUGCCUCUUUAUUCCCUCCUGAAUGCUGGGAUUAAAGGCGUGUACCACCACGCCCAGCAAUAAUUUGUGUUUUUAAGAAAAGCUUGUCUUAAGGAUCUUUUGUAGAUUUAACAUUCCCAAUUCCGGUUGUCAAAGUGACCACUUGCUUUGUUAUUAUUUUAAAAGCCUGCUAUGGAAGAAAAAAAAAAAAAAUCAGUCCUCAAAAUUGCAGUUUCUACUUUCUCAUGUUUGGCUAUAUUCAUGUAGCAGAUAAAUGCCUAGACUAGUCGUUUACUGACUGCAGUUGGGAAAGUACACAGAGAACAGCAGCAAAGUGUAAACAGUGAUUGCUUCUACUUCCUCAAAGAAUUUGCAGGCAACCAUGUUUAAAUUGCCUAAGAUGAUAGAAAAUCAAAGCAACUAAAGAAAUGGAGUUUUGUACCACUAUUUUAAGAAUAAAAACAAUCAUAUUUUUCAGGAUUCCAUGGGAUUUGGACUAUUCCCAAUUGUCUGGGACUAUGCACUAUCGGUAAACAUGGCAGAACAAGUGUCUAGUCUAGUAACAUGCUUAAUGUACUAGGAAAAAUAAUUUGCCUUUGCACUUAUUACUGAUUUCACAGUUACUUAGUUCCUACAGAACUUUUUUUCUGGGCUUGCAACUAUUCUUCCACUUUCACAUCUCUAGGGGCAUAGUUCAUUCUGUUAGGUUGUAUCAUGUCCUUAGAAUGAGGUUUCCAACCCCUUGGGGGAAAGUUAGUAUUAAUGUUUCUUCACUGAUUAUGAAAGUUUGUUUCUUGGAACUGGUUAAAUUUGUCUCAUAAAUAACUGGUUAUAGUAGCCUGCUCAAACUGGUAAAGGUUUGCAAAACUGAUUGGCAUGUUAGAUAACAUUAGACUGUCUAAGGCGUGAGCUACUUGAGAGAGGCAAAGUGAACUUGUGUACAGAAGCUUUCAAUCUUCAUUAUAUAGUGGUAGUAUGAUGCUAUACUAUUGGACCAAUAGCAGCUCUUUUUUUAUAAGUUGGAUGCGUUAUCACAAGCUUUGUAAUGUUUCAUUUAUAAACUACCUUAAACACAUGCUUACCUGUUAAUGUUUUCUUACCGUAGUAUGUCUUCCAGAACCUCACUAUAUCUUGACAGUAAAUAGUUCUAGCUUGUUGAAUUUCUGUUAGUUUCUUUUUCAUUAUCUGUGGCAUAUAGCAAGCCUGAAAAGUAUUGUAAUCAUUUUUUUUUUACAGAGUGAGAAAUUAGAUUGUGUAUGAGAGCCUAUAUAGUUAUUUUAUCCAUUAUCUUUGAUUAAGGCUUUCAAAUAUUAUUUAGUAAAUGCUACUUCCAGUUAAUGCCUGUGGCCCUACUGAAUUUUAAGGGAUCAGAAAACUUCUACCAAGUUUUACAUCUUACUGUUUUAUACAGUUGAAUGUCUGCUUGGUAAUGUUCUGAAGUUGGAAGUAUAGUUGGCAAGAUUCCCAAGCUAAAACUUCAGCCUGAAAGAAGUUGUACAUGAAAGUUAACCAGUACAUAAAAGCAAAUUAAAUUUAAGGUGACCUAAAACAAAGGCCAGAAACAUGUUUUCAUUUGAUUCUUAGUCUUUGUAAGGGCUCUCUGUGUUUGACUUACCUCAACUGCUAUUCAGUGAGGAUGGAUCACCUUAAAAUAAUUGAUUUGCAUGGAGGGUAAGUUCUAUAGUUUCCAUAAUGGAUUGCUUUGGCUUUUGGUCAGCAUUGCUGAAAAUGUGAAGUGGCUAUCCUAAACCUUGGUUGAUCUCAACCCAUACUCACAGAUUGCUGAGGUAACUACAGUCCUUUACCUAGUGCUAUUCUACUUGUAUCCAGAAUACUGUAUUAAAAUUUUACUAUGUUAA